AUGGCGGACAGUCGGGAACGCAUUCGCGGACCAUCGCGCGAUGGCCGCGAAUUUUUCACCAGUCCACGGCAAGUCCUACGCCGCCUUAUGCUACUCUCUGAGGGACGUCAGUAUCGCGAAGCUGCCGGAGUGGUGGGCCGCCUGGGACCUUCGGUUUUGCGCUCGGUCAUGGCCGAGUUGCCCAUUGAUUUGCUGCUGGAACACUUGCCACACAGUGCCUAUCUGCUGGAAUCCUUCUUCACACGCCUAACCACACUUAAUACCACACCGAAGCCGGAAGUGCCGGUUGAAUCGGUAGUGUGGCAUCUGGUGCGCCUCUUUGCAAAUCCCCACGAGUCCGGUCUAAAGCAACGCUGCUCCAAGCUUCUGCAAUCACUCGCUCAGUUCGAGCCCUCAUUGCGUCAGGCGGUGCGGGAACGCAGACGAAACUUCGACAAUGCCGUGCAGGGCUUGGGCGUGCAUGGCCUGACCACGGACGCUUCGGGUCAGCUGAUUUCGCUGCAUGUGGCUCUCAAGACAGAGUUGCAGCGACAUGUGGACACAUAUAAAAUGGCCAUACACAAGUUGGAGGAGCUGAGCAUGGUGACAGUAAAUCAGGAUCCUGCGCACUCGUCCCAUCAGCGUCUGCUGGCCAUCAACUACGGAGACAUACAGCAGCGUCUCAUCGACAAUAAGACGCUGCUGACCAUGCUCGAUAAGCCGGCUUUGAAACAGCUCAUCACGCUGGUUGAAAAUCUGACACAACGGGUGGAGAACGACAAAGAGGUCCUCACAUGUGUUGGGCAGGUGAAGCGUCUCGACGCACAGGCACAUAUCGAGAAGCGGCCAGCAGCCGGACUGCUUAUGAAUUUCUCGCGCGGCUGUGAGGUGGUGCUGCACAUGAUGGGUCCGGAAAGUGUGCCACCCAGUCCUCUGAUAGCCCCCAAAGGUGCGAAUGCGAACGGAGGCGGAAGCAGCUGCAGUGAUGGCUACCACUCUGAUGAUUCGGCCAGCGAAGAUGGCAGUGAAAUGGUGUCAGAGUAUCGGAAUUUGUAUAUUGAGAACAGAGCAGACACUUUGGAGGCAUUGGACAGCUUGCCGCAGCUGAAGCAGGCGCAAAGCCUCAAGGGAAAGAUCUUGUUCUCUAUGAUUGUGCUUUCUUUUCGACUCUGCCACGGCAUGCGCGAGCGCAAGGUGUUGGAGGUGCGACGUACACUCAACUGUGCCCUGGAUAGCAGCUGCGAGACGACGCUGGCUUUGGAUCGCUCUGUGCGCCAGCAUCUGCAUGAAACGGUCAACAGCUUCCCGCUGGGCGAGAUCGAGCGCUCGGUAUUCAAUCAGGUGCUAUCCACCCUGCACGAGUAUCCCUGUUUGGAGUCCUGUCCACCAUUGACGCACUUCGUCAGCGCCUGUGUGCGUCUAGCCUGGCGCAUGAUCAAUCAGAAGGCACCCUACUACCUGGAUACAGACUUCAAUUUGGGUUUUCUGCGUCCCGAGAAGCACGAACGGCAUCCACAGUCUGAUCGUCGCUCUGACUUGAUAAAGGCCUUCCUCUGGCCAGCACUUAUGCAAAACAAUCGUUGCAUGUUCAAGGCCGUCGUGGCCACCUAAGGCACCAUAAAAGGCACAACUCGAAGGCAGUUUG